ACGAUCGACUACCACUCGGCCACUGGUAGGCGUUAAUGCAGAUUCAAGGUCAAAGAAGAAAGUGUAAUUUUGUUUGAGCCAGAAGAGGGCGCUAAUUUUAACAGCUGUUAUGUGACAGGAACAAUUCUUAUUUCGGUUAAAAUAUUUAUAUUUCAAUCGAAAUAUGAAAUAAAAUGGUUGAUAUAAGAUCAAUGGUUCCCAAACUUUUGAAACUUGUGGUUCCCACUCCCUGUUGAUCAUAUACCAAUGGGCCCUCAUGUCAGAGAUGAAAGUAUAAGUCAGGUGAAAUAUAUGUAAUGAUAGAAGAAAAUGGAAGCACUAGAGAUACUUCAAGAUUUGUCUGUAACAACUUUACUGACAUGGAGUUGUUCAUUAGGCAUCAUAUUUGGAGGAAUAAUUCCUUAUGUUCCCCAAUAUUAUGAUAUCAGGAAUACAGAAUCUGCUGAUGGUUUUUCUUUAUAUGUAUGUCUUUCAUUAUUAAUAGCUAAUAGUCUCAGGAUACUAUUUUGGUUUGGUCAUCCUUAUGAAAUUCCACUACUUGUACAAAGCAUAAUCAUGAAUAUUGCUAUGUUAGCAAUGAUUCAUCUCUGCGUGAGAGUUCGAAAUCGCACACAAAUUAUUCCUGGAAAAGCUCAUUUCUUUACAGAAAAUAAAGAGAAGGAAGAUUUUCCUCCUCCUGGUCAACAAUAUAAUCACCAUCCUUCUUCAUCCCGGGUAUUCUGGGAUUUUGAUAUUCACUUUUUUUGGGAAUGGACAAAUUUUUCCAGUUAUAUAGAAUUUAUGCUGCUAUUUACAACUGUUGUGGGUACUGUUAUGUAUGUAUUCAUUGAUGUUCCAAUUGUUGUAGAGACAAUUGGUUUUACAGCUGUUUUCACAGAGGCAAUGUUGGGAGCACCACAAUUUUAUAAAAAUCUUCAAAAGAAAUCUACAGUUGGAAUGAGUAAGAAAAUGGUGCUAUUAUGGACAUUGGGAGAUGUAUUUAAAACAUGCUACUUCAUUAUAAGAGAAACGCCUAUACAAUUUUGGAUUUGUGGCUUUUUGCAAGUUUUUAUUGAUAUGGCAAUACUAUUGCAAGUAUUAAUUUACAAAAUACCUAGUCCUGUUAUAUUGGUUAACAUGAAAAAAACUAUGGUUAAAAAAACUGACCAUAGAAAUUGAAAUAUUUAAAUAUAUUUUAUGAAAAUAAAAUUUAAAUAUAAAGGUAUUUAUAAUGUACAUAAUUCUCAAGUAAUUUCUUGGUUUUUUUUCCCAGUCAUAAAUUAAAAUUCUUAUAUUGAAAGUGUUGUUUAUAUACAUAAAUUUUAUUCUGUUCAAAAUUUUUUCUAAGCUUAACAAUGCAAUUUUAUAUUUUGUACACUGUUUACAUUUUGUAAAUAUAUAUUAAAAUUAAAACCAGCUUUAAAUUAAUAAUGUUAACUGGAAUGUAUAUGUUAAGUGUAAUGGGAUCUACUAAACUAAUUUAAAUAUUUAAGUUUUAAUUUUGCAAAACUUUUUUAAACUUUCCCAAUAACUAAGGAAGCUGCAGGAUUUCCCUGAAAUCUAUUGUAGCUAUUGAAGAAACUAUAAUGUAUUUAAGCGAUUUAGUAUUUAAUUUAUUCCAAAUAAUUUUUAAAAUAUUUUGUAUUGUUUGUUUUUAGAAAACGUUGAGCUAAUUUUUAAAAAUAUCUUAUGUAAUUCAAUCAAUAU